AUGCUUCUCUCCUCCACAAUUUCCCCCGGGAACUUCUCCUCGAUCCCCAGCUGCUCCCGCAGAUUCUCCAUUGCAAAAUCAUUGUGCGGCAACCGCUCGGGCUCUCUUUCCUCCACCUUGGUGUUCUGGGUUUGGGCCUCCUUCUUUGAACUAACUUCACACCCCAUGUUCAGCAAAAUCGCCAGCCACUCUACUCUCUCGAUAUCAAACCCCUCGAUUUCUUUCCCAAACGAAACCGGCAUGUCCUGCAUGAUCCCCGAUAGUUUCAGAGCGUACGACCUGUACCCCUAUUCAGGUGACUCCAUCACAUUCACCUGUUUUGCAUCAAACGGCAAACCGCAGCCUGACUCGGACACUCUUCGCAAUAGUUCUGUCUUUGACACAACUGAGUCGUCACCUAGCCGUACGCAACGUCCCAGCCACAGCUGUAAUCCAGCCGUGGUCAGCACUCGGCCCACCACGUAG